AGUCCGAGCGCCGCGAGGUCCCGGCACUGCAACUAGGCUCCUCGGCGGUCCAGCGGGCCGGGGUGCGGCGCCGUCAUGCGCCCGCUGUUCUGGCUCCUGCUAGUCUUCGCCGGCUGCACCGUCGCCCUGUACUUGCUGUCGACGCGACUGCCCCGCGGGACGCGACUGGGCUCCGCGGAGGAGGCCGGAGGCAGGUCACUGUGGUUCCCAUCAGACCUGGCAGAGCUGCGGGAGCUCUCUGAGGUCCUUCAAGAGUACCGGAAGGAGCACCAAUCCUACGUGUUACUGCUCUUCUGCAGCGCCUACCUCUACAAACAGGGCUUUGCCAUCCCUGGCUCCAGCUUCCUGAAUGUUUUAGCCGGUGCUUUGUUUGGGCCAUGGCUGGGGCUUCUGCUGUGCUGUGUGUUGACUUCGGUGGGCGCCACAUGCUGCUACCUGCUCUCUAGUAUUUUUGGCAAACAGCUGGUUGUCUCCUACUUUCCUGAUAAAGUGGCCCUAAUGCAGAGGAAGGUGGAGGAGAACAGAAACAGCUUGUUUUUUUUCUUACUGUUUUUGAGACUUUUCCCCAUGACACCAAACUGGUUCUUGAACCUCUCGGCCCCGAUUCUGAACAUCCCCAUUGUGCAGUUCUUCUUCUCAGUUCUUAUCGGUUUGAUCCCAUACAAUUUCAUCUGUGUGCAGACAGGCUCCAUCCUGUCAACCCUCACCUCUCUGGAUGCUCUUUUCUCCUGGGAAACUGUCUUAAAGCUAUUGGCCAUUGCUCUGGUGGCCUUAGUUCCUGGAACCCUCAUUAAAAUAUUUAGCCAGAAACACCUGCAACUGGACAAAACAAGCAGUGCCAAUCAUAUAAAUAGUAGGAAAGUCACGUGAUCUGAAUUUUCUGUUUGUCCCUGAAAUGAGUGUGGUCCUCUAAAUCCCUGCAUUGUUUUUAAAUUACCCUCAAGAGGUGAUUUGGACACUCUAUUCAUCUGGGUGUGCAAUGUCUUGUCAUAAAGGACACUCUGUGCUCUAGAAGAUGAAUCAUAUCAGAUUUUCAAACCAGCCCUGGUUUAGCAGGACUCUCUGCAAAAUGGAUGGCCUCCUAGAAAAUCCUGUUUAUAUUUUAUUGAAUAACAAGGAACUCUGGAUAGUCUGUUGUAUUUAUCUCUUGCCAGCCCCUGAGCUGCCUUGGGAGAAGGUGCUGAUUGUCCUUGUCCAGAGUGCCUCUUGCAAAGUGAUAGGCUAUUGUGACAGGUGUUCUCCUGUUAAGUCCCUGUGGAUGUUAUUAGUAUCAAUGUUAUGACAUGUGAACUCACACCACUGACAUCACUCUUCACCUUGUUAGUCUCUUAAAGAGUGUUCCUUCCAGACCUUUUUGCUGAUGAUCUACCUCUUCCAUAAGUCAAGGGAAACAAACUGACAAACUGCUUAGGACUUCCAUUGUGCUCAUAUGCACAGUAAUUUCUGUGAUGCUCUUGUGUUCAGACUCUGAUGUUACCAUGUAUGUCAAAUCUCCUUAUGGUUGCAUGUCCUGACAAUUAAGCUGAUCGCAAACAGACUAUUAAAUAUGAAUGGUACAAACUGUAUGGUAUGGAUACAUUCUGGAAUUUCUCAGGAAAUUGGACAGGGCAGGACCCUUGAUUCACCUGAAUCAAAUGACCAUCUAUACAUUUUAUAACCUGUCCUUUCUGCAUGGGAAUCCUUUCUAUAUCCUGCUAGGAGAGUGGAUUCAGUACACUAGGCUAUCAUCCAGUGUACCCUCUGAAUGUUUUUCAUUUUGUCAUUUGCCGAGAAUAACUGAGAAAUAGUUGUAUGUUAUCUUUUAAUUCAAAGAGGAAAACCUGGUCUGA